AAGAAUCUUUAUGGAUGCGACAUCAAUUAGAGGCUCUUAUUUAAUUUUCUUGUCCUUUAUUAUUAUUAUUAUUAUUAUUAUUAUAUAGUCUCCGGCAAGGAUGUAUGCAUAGUCUCCUACUACCAGUAUAUAUAUAAACAACGCUAGAUUCCAUUGUGCUAUUACACCAACCCUGAAAGCCCCACGUGGUUUCUUCCACCUUCAAGUCUGAUCCAAUUCUGGAUAUGCCUUAAUGCUACAGUAGAAUAUGUGCACUUUUUUCCCUGUCCUUGCAGGAAUGGAUGUCAAUGUUAAGUUAGUCGACGCAUCAUUUUGCCUAGUGUUUGUGGUAUGGCUUCUUUGGAAUGUCUUCAAGGAGAGACUGGAACACAGUCAUCUCAACAAUAGUAACUCGUUGCCAGGAGGAAGACGAGAGCCAUCCCUCUUCUGCAAGAUUGCUGUUAUAUUGAAUUUCACAAUCUGUUUAUCUUACUUUGGUGUCUGUCUCCUUGAGUAUUGGAGAUCAGGGCCAGGUAUGAUAAAUGAUAUUUUCUCUGCCACAGCUUGGUGUUUUGCUGGUGCUGUUGCAGCUUUCUCAGUAGGCAGUGUACCUGGCAGAUGGCCGUUGGUUCUUAUACUCUGGUGGUUUUUCUCAUGCAUGUGUGAUUUGUUCGUAGUAACCGUCUACAUCCUCCAUGGCUUUAAACUUAUAAGUGUUCCCUCCUUUUUUCCUGGAGCUAAUAUGAUUGAUCUAGCUUCUCUACCAUUGUUGGCUCUGCUGUGUUUCAAUGCUGUACAAUGUAAUACUUUCAACAGGAUGAACAACUUUACAGAGCCGUUACUUUCAAGUCAGUGGGAGAAUCAUUCAGGGCUCAACAGUGAUCCCUUUUCCGGUGCUGGAAUCUGGAGUCAGCUGACGUUCAGAUGGCUUAAUCCUCUCUUUGAAAAGGGUCACUGUGAAAAGCUCAAACUGGAAGAUGUACCACCAAUUCCUCGAUCAGAAACUGCUGAUGAAGCUUCAUUCUUGCUGGAGGAGUCUCUUCGAAAGCAGAAAACUCAGAUCAUCUCUCUGCCAAAUGCCAUACUCAAAGCCAUAUGGAUGCCGCUAGCUGUUAAUGCAGUAUUUGCAGGUGUCAAUAUGAUGGCUUCGUAUGUUGGCCCACUGCUGAUCACAAGCUUCGUGAAUUACUUAUCAACAGAGGAUGUAGAUGUAAAAUGGUGCAAUGGCCUGGUUCUCGCAAUGAUGUUCUUCACAGCAAAGACUGUGGAGUCACUAUCUCAGAGGUUAUGGUAUUUUGGUGCUCGUCGUAUUGGAAUCCGAGUCAGGGCAGCUUUGAUGGCUUUGAUAUACAAAAAAUCUCUUUCGAUUAAGUAUGGUGGCACAAGCGGUGGCAAAAUUAUUAAUUACAUCAACGUUGAUGUUGAGAGGAUCAGUGACUUUUUCUGGUACUUCCAUGGAAUUUGGUUGCUUCCCGUGCAGGUCAUUUUUGCGUUAGUCAUCCUGUACACAAAUUUAGGUGCUGCCCCCUCCAUCGCCGCUCUCUGCACCACAAUAUUCGUGAUGAUAAGCAACACCCCUCUUGCAAAUAUGCAGGAACGGCUUCAUUCCAAGAUAAUGGAAGCUAAAGAUUCACGGAUAAAAGCUACUUCAGAGACCUUAAAGGGCAUGAGGGUUCUGAAGCUGCACUCAUGGGAAUCAAUGUUCUUGCAAAAGCUGCUCCAGCUUCGGGACAUUGAACGUUGUUGGCUUACAAAAUACCUCUAUACAAGCUCAGCAGUGGCUUUCCUCUUUUGGGCUUCUCCAACAUUAGUUUCGGUUGUCACUUUUGGUGUCUGUGUUGUGCUGGGGACUCCAUUAACAUCAGGCACAGUCCUUUCGGCUCUAGCCACUUUCCGGAUUCUUCAAGAACCUAUCUACAACCUCCCAGAGCUUAUUUCCAUGAUUGCUCAAACUAAAGUGUCAGUUGAUCGAGUUCAGAGUUUCACUAUGGAGGAAGAUCAGAAGAGAGUAAUGCAUUAUCAUACUCCCGGUACACCAGGUGUUGCCAUUGAGAUUGAACCUGGAGAAUUUGUAUGGCCGAGUAAGGAUGCAAAAAGAUCGACUAUUAAGAUCACUGAGAAGCUCAAAAUUGCGAAAGGGAGCAAGGUGGCUAUCUGUGGUUCUGUUGGCUCUGGUAAAACAAGUUUUCUCUGUGGCAUACUUGGGGAGAUACCUAGAAUAUCGGGGCCGAGUAUCAAGACUAAUGGAUCAAAGGCAUUUGUGCCACAAAGUGCUUGGAUACAAACUGGAACCAUUAGGGAGAAUGUCCUGUUUGGUAAGGAGAUGGAUAGAGAUUAUUAUGAAAAUGUGGUGGAAGCUUGCGCACUGAACCAUGAUUUUGAGAUGUGGGCUAAUGGAGAUCUAUGUGUGGUCGGAGAGAGGGGUAUGAACCUAAGUGGGGGACAGAAACAAAGGAUCCAAAUGGCGAGGGCGAUUUAUAGCAAUUCAGAUAUUUUUUUGCUGGAUGAUCCUUUCAGUGCUGUAGAUGCUCAUACUGGGGCUCAUAUGUUCAAGAAAUGCCUGCUGGAACUCUUGCAUAGCAAGACUGUCGUAUAUGUUACUCAUCAGUUGGAAUUUUUGAAUGCUUCUGACCUUGUCUUGGUUAUGAAAGAUGGAAGGAUUGUCGAGUCAGGUAAGUAUCUUGAUCUAAUUUCAAAUGCUGAUGGGGAACUCAUAAGACAAAUGGCAGCUCAUGGUAGUGCUUUAAAUCAAGUUAACCGACCAAAGUGUGCUGGCUUGCCUAAGAGCUGCUGCCGCCACCAGUCUCUCCAAACAGAAGUAACUGAAGUGAAAUUCAUUGACCUCAGCAGGAGCAGCAGAGUAAUCUCGGAUCAAAGUGUGCAUGAAGAAAUGUUAAGCGGGCGCGUAAAAUGGGAUGUCUAUGCAACUUUUGUAACCUCUGCUUACAAAGGAGCUCUUGUUCCUAUUACCCUCCUGUGUCAAGUUUUCUUCCAGGUGCUGCAAAUGGCGAGCAGCUACUGGAUUGCUUGGGGGUCUGAAAAGGAAGACAGCAUUACAAAAAAGCAAUUGAUUGAGAUAUUCGCCGUGCUUUCUUGCUCAAGCUCCUUGUUUAUUUUGGGAAGAGCUGUCCUGCUUUCGACCAUUGCUAUUGAGACUGCUCAGCGACUGUUCCUAGGAAUGAUCACAUCAAUCUUCCGGGCACCUCUAUCUUUCUUUGACUCCACGCCUUCAAGUAGAAUCCUGAAUCGGUCCUCCACAGACCAGAGCGUAGUCGACACAGAUAUUCCAUACAGGUUAGCUGGACUGGCAUUUGCGCUUAUUCAGCUGUUGAGCAUCGUUGCGCUCAUGUCUCAUGUCGCCUGGCAGGUCUUGUUCCUCUUCCUUAUUGUCUUUGCCCUCUCCAUCUGGUAUCAGGCAUACUACAUUGCCACUGCAAGAGAAUUGAUGCGUAUGGUUCCGAUUCAGCAGGCCCCGAUUCUUCAUCACUUCUCAGAAUCAAUCUCCGGAGCAGCAAUCAUAAGAAGCUUCAAUCAGGAAGACCGCUUUAUGAGCAAGAAUGAGCAGCUCAUUGAUGAUUACUCUCAAGUUGCCUUUUACAACUCGGCCGCAAUGGAAUGGCUCUCCAUAAGGAUCAACUUUCUGUUCAAUCUCGUGUUUCUCCUCCUCCUAAUUAUCCUCGUCUCCCUUCCUAGAUACGUCAUUGAUCCCAGCCUGGCCGGACUGGCUGCCACGUACGGACUAAACCUGAAUGUACUCCAAGCAUGGGUGAUAUGGAACAUGUGCAAUGUCGAAAACAAAAUGAUAUGUGUGGAGAGGAUUCUUCAGUUCACAGGCGGCGGCAUACCAAGUGAAGCUCCACUUCUGGUUGAAGGUUACAGACCAGACGCAGAAUGGCCAGCCAGUGGAAGGAUUGAAAUCGAAAAUCUGCAAGUACAGUACAAUCCUGAUCUUCCAAAAGUUCUUAAAGGAGUGAGUUGCACGUUCCCAGGAAGAAACAAGAUUGGAAUUGUGGGAAGAACUGGAAGUGGGAAGUCCACACUUAUCCAGGCCCUGUUUAGAGUGGUGGAGCCUUCAGAAGGACGAAUAGUGAUCGACGGGACUGAUAUUUCUAAGAUUGGGUUGCAAGAUUUAAGGUCCAGGCUGAGUAUAAUCCCACAAGACCCCAUCUUGUUUCAGGGUACGUUGAGAGCGAAUCUUGAUCCUCUACAAGAGCAUUCUGAUCACGACAUAUGGGAGGUUUUAUGCAAAUGCCAUAUUGCUGAAAACGUGAAACAAGACGAAAGGCUGCUGGAUUCGCCAGUUGCCGAAGAUGGGGAAAAUUGGAGCGUUGGGCAAAGGCAGCUUGUUUGCUUAGCUCGGGUGCUCUUACAAAGAAGACGGAUAUUGGUGCUGGAUGAGGCCACGGCUUCGGUGGACACGGCCACAGAUAACCUGAUUCAGAAGACUAUCAGAGACGAAACAAGUGGAUGCACUGUCAUAACAGUCGCUCAUCGUAUACCUACAGUGGUCGACAAUGACCUUGUUCUGGUUCUUGGCGAAGGGAAGGUUGUAGAGUACGACUCCCCAGUUCGGUUGCUGAAAGAUAGUAACUCGGCCUUCGCGGGCUUGGUGAUGGAAUUCUUGCAAAGGUCAUCAUCAUCAUCAUCAUCAACAUCUACCAAGGAUGCAUACCAAUAGCAGCAGCAGAUUAUUCCUUUCCAUAAUUCCAUUGCAUUGCAAUCCUCUUCCAACAACAGGACUUGAAGAAAUUAAUUAUUAAGGUGGGUGGAGUAGAUAAAAUUGAAUUUGAUCUUAUUUAGGGAUUUGAAUAUAAUAGAUUCACAGAUUUUGCAGUUUAGCAAUCUCUUCAGCAAUGUGAAUAUGAAUGUUAAUGUGAAUUUGAAUCUGAAUCUGAAUCAGAAUCAGAAUUUGCGGUUGGUCUUAUAUCGCCCAUUCUCAAGCAAAGCAGUGUAAUUUUAAAAAUAGAGCAAAUUUGAUGCCAUUUUUCAAAACCACAUGUGCAUCUUAUCUUAUUAUCUCAUGUAAUUUUGCCAAUGGCUGUCUACCAACUACUCAGAGGCGCUCCCUCCCUCCCAGCCCUGGUAAACCGACAUGCUAACAAACUAUAUGUGGCCACGUAUUUGCGUGUGACUGACCCAUGAUCUUAAUUAGCUUAGCUUCGUUUUGAUCGAUUGAUUCGUGAACACAAACAACUCUUGAGUUGAGUUGUUUCUCUGUGACCAUCCCAUCCCAUCCCCUUCCCAAACUCAACCACCUUCUAAUAUAUAGUUCCAUUGAUUACUGCUCAUCAGAAGAUCUACACAACAACCAUUAGUAGUAUGCAUAUGCUUGCUGUUAAAUCACCCAAAGCAUUCAACCAACCAUAUAUGAUAAUGCACAGAAAGAAAGAAAGAAUGAAUCAAUCAAUCAAUGGGAGGGGACUAGUAGAGU